CGACGUCCAGAAGAACAAGCAAGAAGUAACGUCACACUGGAGUAACGCGUUACUGUUACCCGGUCCCCGAGGCUGGUAAAAGGAGGGAUUUUAGCAGCAUCAUCUCCCGGACCAGUGGACCCCCCCCCCCGCGCCUCUAUCUCUGCCUCUGGAAAGUUCUGGUCUCUCCGUGGAUAACUUUAAACCCGUGGGCGUCCUGGAGAAGGUGCAGAGGGAACACCAGCCUGGGAUGCCUCAGAGAGAGACGAGCCUAAUGACGCAACGGGUUUACUCAACACAGCUUGUGAGGGACAGGAUAAUACUUGCAGGGUUUCCCACGUUUCCUAUGACCAAAAGCAGGCUGAGGACUCGGAAACUGACAGAUAUAACGUGACAAGGCAGCACAGGACACUCUUCCUCCGACUUCUUCUGGAAACAAGCUUCUCCAGGACACCAGAUGCAAACUUUCAUGAUGAUGUUAUACCUCCUGUUACUUUUUCUACCUUGUGUUUUCAGUACAAGGGGGCGCAUAUUAUCCCCUGUGUAUGAAACAGCCAUCUCCAAAGAGCCAUACACGGAGAGCCGGAAAGUUUUUACUACAAUGGGCAAAGAAUGUAAAUUCCCAUUUCGCCAGGGUGGAAGGAUUCAUCAUCACUGCCUCACCAUCCUAUCCUCAAAACCAUGGUGCUCCCUCACGCAUAAUUUUGAUCGGGACCGGCAGUGGGGCUUCUGCGCACCAGAGAAAACUCAGCCAGAUGUUGUCAUCCACACGUCACGUAGAAUCACAGAUCCGUGUCAGGUGAAUCCAUGUCAGAACGGAGGCGUCUGCACGCUGAUCCCGUACACACACUCAUUUGAGUGCUCCUGUCCUGAGAGCUUCACUGGGAGACUCUGUGAGCACAAGAAGUGCUAUGAAACCGUACACCUGCUCCAUUAUGACAUCGGAGAGUCUUGGGGACGAAUUCACCUCCGUAAUGUGGAACAGUGCUCAUGUGUGGCAGGGGAAAUCAAGUGUGAAAGAGUUCGCUACACAAUGUGCCGUUCAAACCCUUGUCAGAAUGACGGAACGUGUCGACUGAUCACCGCCACCGGCAAGGAAGUGUGUUACUGCAGACGUGGCUACAGCGGCCCGGACUGCAGCUUCGAGCCGGAGACAGAGUGCUAUAACAGCAGGGGCACAGAUUACAGAGGGGUGGUGGGCACCACGGUGUCCGGCGCCCGGUGCGUGGCGUGGAACUCGGACCUGCUGUACGACGAGCUCCACGUGGGCACGUUGGUUGCCUCGCCCCUCAGGGGCCUCGGGGAGCACACCUACUGCAGAAACCCAGAUAAAGACAAGAUGCCGUGGUGCUACACGCUAAAUGACGGCGCCAUCUCCUGGGAGUACUGUGACGUCCCCAACUGUGUGAUGCCUGUGUGGGAGAAUCAGCCAGCGCCAAAAAUGAAAAUACUCAGAAGAGCUUCUUCGCGAAGGAUUAUCCCGUUUAAUGUCCUGCCCGGCGUUAAAAAACCGAAGCCCCCCAAGCCCGCCAAGAAGCACGUGUGUGGGAAAAGGCACAAGAAGAGGUUAUCGAUAGCCAGGGGAAGGAUAUUCGGCGGAAACUCAGCCCUGCCGGGCACUCACCCCUGGAUGGCGGCCAUUUACAUCAGGGAGACGGACUUCUGCGGCGGCAAUCUGAUCUCCUCCUGCUGGGUCGUCUCUGCGGCUCACUGCUUCUUCGGCAACCCCCUGAAGUCUCAGGUUCGAGUGGUGCUCGGUCAGCAGCAUUUCAACGUCACCGGUCCCAACACCAGGACAUUCGGUGUGGAGCAGAUCAUCUUUCCAAGACAGUUCUCAGUGUUUAAUCCAACACUACAUGAUAUUGUUCUGAUCAAACUGGCGAAGCAGGACGGGCGCUGUGUGAGGAGAACCCCGUUCAUCAGACCCAUCUGUCUCCCAGACAAAAGCAUGACGUUCCCCGAUGACUACUGCUGUACUAUUAGCGGAUGGGGACACAUGCACGAGAAGGCACAGGGUUACUCCAGUCUGCAGGAGGCCAGUGUGAGGCUGAUUUCUCACGACGCUUGUAAGAAGCCAGAAGUUUACGGCAAUCACGUCAGCGCUGACAUGAUUUGUGCGGGGCUCCGCGGCUGUUCCGACGCCUGCCAGGGCGACUCCGGGGGUCCUCUGGCUUGUGCGAGGGGUGAUGUCAGCUUCCUGUAUGGGAUCAUCAGCUGGGGAGACGGUUGCGGCCACUCCAAAAAACCUGGUGUUUACACUAAAGUGGUGAACUAUAUCGAUUGGAUCAAUUCAGUGAUCAGACGCAAACCCAAUAAUUCUUGAACGGACUUUACCUGGACGGUUGCUUUUAAUAUGUGAGAUGUUUUAAUAUAGAUGUCUGUUUUUGUUUGUAAUGCUCGUUGAAGUUUAUAGAUUAUAUCUUUUUUUAACUGUGAAACAUUUUGUGACUGAAUAAACCUUUACUGACUUGAAGCUUUAAGUGCCGUUGAGACUAAUGAUAAUGUUUCAGACAGUUGAAGUAUUUUCACAAAACAAUCCCAACUCAAGGUGCACUUACUACCUUCGUCCAAAACCACACAAAAUAUUUUUCUCAUAAACUUAAGACUAUGUAAGAUAAUUUUAACAUAAAAAACUGUCGUAGCUGAAGUUCAACAGACAUCUUUGGAGUUGCCAAAACAUAUUCUUUCAGAGUUUUAAGCACUUCAUUCACUUCCAUUUUAUCUGCUAUUCUGACUUCUUUCAGUAUUUCAACUGCUUCUAAUCAAAUAUAUAAAUAUUUAUAACUUUGAUUUUAAGAUAUAAAGUAUACAUAUACAUAUGUA